GAGACAUAGAGACACAGAGAGGAGAGCAGCAGCGUCUCUGCGGCCACACAGACGGGUGUUUGUCUGUUUGUCUGUUUGUUUGUUUGUUUGUUUGUCUGUUUGUUUGUCUGUUUGUUGUUGUUGUUGUUGUUGUUGUUGUGUUGUUGUUGUUGUUGUUGUGGUUGUUGUGGUCUCUGAGGAUGAGGAGCUUCAGUCCGCGUUGAGCUGCUUCUCUGCUGAUGUGCAGCAGCCAGGGUGCAUGAUGGGAUCUUUCCGCCGUCCCAGGCCUCGGUUUAUGAGUUCCCCGGUUCUAUCGGACCUCGCCCGGUUCCACGCCAGUUCUCCGUCACUGCAGAUCUCCAACACCAGCGUGUGGAACAGUGUCCAGUCAGCUGUGAUCAAGGUGUUCCAGGGUGGAGCGCUGCAGACUAACGAGCUGUACACGCUUAACGAGAGCAUCAGGUGGCUCCUUAAAACUGAGAUGGGCUCCUUCAUCACCGACUACUUCCAGAAUCAGCUGCUGACUCGAGGUCUGUCUGAAGUCCUGGAUCAGGUCCUGCUUCACUCCGGUGACGAUCAGAUCCUGGUCCUCGCCGACAUGUGGAACAGGUUCUUCACAGAGAUCCUGCCGACGCUGCAGGCCAUCUUCUACCCGGUCCAGGGUCAGGAGCUGACAGUGAGGCAGAUCACCCUGUUGGCCUUUAGAGACCUGGUUCUGUUGAAGCUCCACCUGGAGGAAACGCUGGGAACUGCAUCCUCCGUCCCUCCAGCCGUCACACAGAUGCUGCUGGUGCUGCAGGGUAUCCAUGAGUCCGGGCCUCCCAGUUUGGAGUAUUACCAGUUGGAGCGUCUGGUGGAGAUGGUGGUGUCUCCGUAUCUCAGCGACGUUCUGCACAACAGGAGCCAGGUCCUGUUAGAGCCUCGCCACCUGCGGUCGUCGGGCUCGUUGCUAGGCGACCACUUCCAGCCGGAGAUCACCGUCACGCAGCAUCACAGCUCCUCCGACUCCUCGUCUCUGGCGCCGCUGGUGGAGCAGGAGGGCGAGGCCUACCUGGAGAAGUCCGGCGGCCAGCGGCGCCACACAGUGGCCAACGCGCACUCCGACGUCCGGCUGCUGUCGGCGUCCAGCAGGAUGCAUGCUGGGACGGGGAAGGACAACGGGGUGGGAGGAGGAGGAGGCGUGGGGUUUGUGGUGGGGGGCGGGCCGAUGAGGACGUUCUCCGGCAAACUGGACAUGAGAGGAGGAGUCAUCUGCCUUCCUCGCAGCUAGCCGCAGUGGCUGAUGGGAAACGAGGACACAAGGACACGAGGGACGAAAGAGGAAUCGAGAGGACGAGGACGACGGACAACAGGAACUGGAAAAAACAGCCAGAACCCGACAAGUACAGGAUGAGGAGACAUCCAGAUAGGAUGAAACAAAACAGGAAACAGGAAACAGGAAACAAAGGAAAGGACACGAAAUAGGAGGCGAUGUGACCGAAGAAGACAGGAAACGACACGACCCGACAGGAAGCGAACAACAUGACAUGAAAAUCAGAAACCACGGAACAAGAGACGGGACAGGAAACAGGUCAGAGGACGGUGGGAGCGCUCUGUCCCACAGCUCCCAGCAGAGAACCAGUGACUGUCUUCAGGUUUUUAUUAAUCCGGAGGAUAAAACCAGACUGCAGGUUCUCUUCAGGUCAUGUAAAUAUGUUUGUUUAUGAUUAAUAAAGAUUGAUUCAAUUCAUAAUAAACAGU